CAUAAUCAAACUGACAAGCACCCCCUCGAACCCACACACUUUGCACAGAGUAAAUUGGCACAGCAUUUGGAGACUCCAGUGCACGAGUCUGUGGAGGAGAGCGAGCACUGACCGGAUUACAGGAGACAGUUAGAAGGCAGCAGAGGACAACAAAGGAUUCAAAAACAAAAGGGGAAACAACUAUAAAGAUAUGCAAAAAUGUGUGAUUAAUGUUAAAGGAAUAAGAGAGUGGAAACAGAACAGGAUAGAACUAUUGCCGAAAGGCAAGGCGUACAACAGAGACUCCUGGGGUUACACAUUCUUCCUUCCAAAGAGUGCGUGGACUAUUCAGAAUUGAGGUUACAAUUGGAUCAGAAGUGGAUCUAAACAACAAGCAAGCUGCACAACAAAAUAACUUGUUGUCUUUAAGGUACAGCUUCGCAGCAACAGAUGAGGAGGGCCUGAAAAUCUCCACACUUGGGCUCCACAACGGCCACAGCUCGCCAAAUAGCCGGUUCCUCUCCCCUAGUGACACACCCGGAGGAGAUAGGAUAUCAGGAGCCACAGGUCGUAGGAUGAACAAUUACAACGGAAAGAUCUCUACUACAGGAUCGAGCCAACUAAGAAGUCGCUUCGUCAAGAAAAAUGGGCAUUGCAACGUGGUGUUCUCUAACAUGGAGGAGAAAUCACAACGUUACCUGGCCGACAUCUUUACCACCUGCGUGGACAUCCGCUGGAGAUACUUACUACUCCUCUUCUGCUCGACCUUCCUGUCCUCCUGGAUGUUUUUUGGAAUAAUCUUCUAUUCAGUUUCCAGAGCCCAUGGGGAUUUUGAUGAGCACCCUGGAAUGAGUUCCUCUUCGGGGUUGGAAGGGAAUGGGCUUGGGGUUGGUGAAGUUGAAGGGGUGCAGAAAACAUGGCAGCCAUGCCUCCUUCAUGUGGAGGGCUUCGUCGGAGCCUUCCUAUUCUCCGUCGAGACCCAGACCACCAUUGGUUAUGGGUGGCGCUGUGUCACUGAGGAGUGCCCUGUGGCAGUGAUCACAGUGGUGGUCCAGUCCAUAGUGGGCUGCAUCAUUGACUCCUUCAUGCUUGGCACAAUCAUGGUCAAAAUGGCACGCCCUAAGAAGAGGAACCAGACCCUGCUGUUCUCAAAAACCGCUGUGAUUUCCCUGCGCGAUGGCAAGCUGUGCCUCAUGUGGCGGGUGGGUAACCUGCGCAGGAGCCACAUCGUGGAGGCCCAUGUGCGGGCACAGCUCAUUCGACCCUACGUCACGGCAGAGGGAGAGUUUAUCCCUCUAGAGCAGAGGGAUCUCAACGUAGGCUACGACGAAGGCAUUGACCGUCUUUUCCUGGUUUCUCCUCUGGUUAUCGUCCAUGAGAUCGACGAGGACAGCCCCCUGUACACUGUGAGCCGGGCUGAUCUGGAGUCUGAUGACUUUGAGAUCGUAGUGAUCUUGGAGGGCAUGGUGGAGGCCACCGCCAUGACCACCCAGGCCCGCAGCUCCUAUCUGACCAAGGAGAUCCUAUGGGGGCAUAGGUUUGAGCCUGUGAUCUUUGAGGACCGAACCAAGUAUCAGGUGGACUAUUCUCGCUUCCACAAGACCUACGAGGUGCCCUCCACACCCCACUGCAGCGCCAAGGAGCUCAGUGAGACGGCCAGCCGGCCUGCCUCAUCCGCCUCCUCCCACUCACUAUUCCCAACCAGCCCCAGAAUCACCCAGCACCUCGUAACCCCCCACUCCCCCAGCGCCUUCUGCUAUGAGAAUGAGGUAGCACUGAGCUGUGGAGAGGACGAGGAUGAAUUGGAUAGGCAAAAGGGAAAAGACAGGGAGGAGGAAAGGAGGAAUUCAGUUUCUGUAGACUUUCAUCAUUUGUUUCAGGACACAGCCACAAUGACAUCCGGCAGCAACAUGCUGUGUGUUUUGGACAAUCAGAUGGAUUUUGACAUUCUACAGACGACCAUUACUCGUGAUCCACUGACAUAUAAAAGUGAGUCAGGAAUCUGAGGCAAAGGGAUGGCACCCUCAGACCCUUCCCAACCCCUCCAUUCACAUAUACCGAUCUGUAGGUCUUGAAGAGAGGUCUUCCUUUUUGUAUUUUGCACGUUUUGCUCUGGAUUUAGUACUAGAUCUACACCCCUUUCGCCUUGCCAGCAUUAUUUUGUACUUUAACCUGAACCCAUGUUUUUGUUUGUGUAGAGAACCAAAUGGGAGGCUGAGGUUAGUGGUUCUACUCUGCACACCUCACCCAUACGUGUACCUCAGUUGGGCUGUGGGACAGUCACCUAGACAGAUAAUUACACAUGAGAUUGUAUGAACGGGCGACUCUUUUAAACGAGGUAAUAGGAAAGGAACACCAAGAGAUGGACAGUUCCAGCAGAGAGCUGAGGAUGAGACAAAUAAUGACUUGUUGAGACGUGUGCAAUGAAGGAUAAACAGACAUUUGACCAAAGGAGCACUUCUGCUACAGAAACUGUCUCAGGAGGAAAUGUGCAGGGAAGAUACCCAGAAUAUUUGAGUAACAUUCAAGUAGGUAGGUAUGAUGUUUAUCUACACAGUCUUAUUGUGUAGUUUGUUUCAUUUGGACAUGAUUCUCCAGUGUUCUGUAAAGAUAAAAUGACUGGUGAUAUGACAUGUGAUAUGAAUCAUACUUGGGUUCUAAUACUAUAUCAACAGGAUAGGUUGCUGCUUUCUACUAUUUGCACUAUUGUUCUCCAGACAAGUUUUCCUCUGAGCCUCUUUUCUCCCUAAUUUACUCAUUUACACACAUUGUUUUCAUAGUGUCUUUAGCAUAGAUCAAUGACUCAUGUAUCGGUUGUUACUGUGCGUAGUAACAACAAUCAUUGAAUAAUCAUAGGGAAGGGACUUAUUGUCUAAAAUCCAGUUCUUCAUUUGCUGGAGAAAAGAACUAGGUGUUUUUUAUUAAAGGCCUGUUUUCGUGUUGCAAAAGGAGCAGGAAUGUGACAUAAUGGAAAGUCCCUCUCUUCAGUGUAUAUCAGUAGAGAACUUAUCAUGAGUUACUUAUCUGGUCUCUCCUGUCACCUUAAAGACGUUUCCCGAUAGACACCUUUAGGGGAAUCAUCUGAAAGCACUCGUCUUUAGAACGUGAGAUCUCAUAAAGGUUGAUUCUAGAGAGACUGAAUAGAGAAACAUCUUUGUGAAUUCCAAAGUGUCUAUAUUUCAUCUCUUUCCCACUAAGUCAAAUAUAAACAACGCUGUCUUGUUUGUUGGCAUAUGGUUUGUGUAUGAAAUGACUCAAAUACUUUUUCUGACCCUUCUCAUGCACCGUAGCUCCUAUUGUGUGUAGUUGUCUGAAUGAUGCACAUGUCUCUUGUCUGUCUCCUGCACUACACUGCACCUGUUUGUCUCUUAUCUUUUUCCAACAACAUCUGGUUCUUGAGUAACUUUUGCCAUUUUUACAUCUGCAAAAUUGUUUCUGAAGAUUAUAUAAACUUGAAUGUGUAUGUGUGUGUGUGUGCCUGUGCGUGUGUGUGUCUGUGUGAGAGAGAGAGAGAGAGAGAGAGAACAGAGAGAGAGAGAGAGAGAGAGAGACAGAGAGAGAGAGAGAGAGAGAGAGAGAGAGAGAGAGACAGAGAGAGAGAGAGAGAGAGAGAGAGAGAGAGAGAGAGAGAGAGAGAGAGAAAGAGAAAGAGAAAGAGAGAGAGAGAGAGAGAGAGAGAGAGAGAGAGAGAGAGAGAGAGAGAAAGAGAAAGAGAAAGAGAAAGAGAAAGAGAGAGAGAGAGAGAGAGAGAGAGAGAGAGAGAGAGA